AUGGGAAAUACUCUGUAUAGCAACGUGGGGUGCAGCUCCACUCAGCUGGACGAGAUUUACUGCAAGCAUUUGAACAACCUUUACAACAUUUACAGUUAUUUGUUUAAAUAUGAGCAAUUCAUUUUCAUGAACUGUUACACCCUGAAUUCCUUCUGCCAUGUUUUGGAGGGAAUUAACAAGAAUGAAGGCCAUGUGCUCAUAAAAAUAUGCAAAUUAAAAGGCGAAACGCAGAAAAUAAAAAGGAUUUUAUAUACACUUAAAUUUCUGUUUUCAUUUGACCUAUUCCCAAACGUCCUACCGUACAAUCGAAUGAGUGUCUAUGAAAACAACAUUUACAUAUAUAGAAAAUUUAUUUAUAAGAAUUUGGACCAUUAUCUCUUAAACGAAAAGAACAACAAAUCGUUUUGUUAUUUUGUUCUCUUUCAAAUAUUUUUGUCAAUGAUUCAGUUACACUCACUAGGUAUUUAUCAUGGUCACAUAAAGACGGAAAACUUUCUUAUUCAGAAUAAUAUGAACAUUUUUAUAACGGAUAUUAAUAUUCUGAACAAUUAUCUUUACUUCAUUCCAAGUGUAAGGUGUGAAGACAAACGGAGGGACAUAGCGCAACGAUUAUUGAAACUACAGGGUGAUAUAUUUAACCUCGGGAUAUUGAUUCUAGAAAUUCUGUUGAAUGAUAAAAGUGUGUCAUACUUAUUCCUGAAAGAGAAUUACAGUGAUAAUAAUAAAGGCAAUUAUUUUUAUUCAGGAAGGAGAAAAGAAGAAAUGUUCCAUCUUAUGGAAAAUAAAGAAAAAAAAAAAAAAAAAAAAAAACAUCAAAUAAAAGUAUCAAAAAAAAACAAGAGAAAUGUGAAAACAAAUAAAAAAAAAAAAAAAAAAAUUCCAAUUGAUAAUAUUAUUAAUAUUUCAGAAAAAAAAAACAGUGAAAAUUUUGUUCACGCUUUAUCCUUGCCGUUCAUAAAUAAAAGGAUAAAAAAUGAAGAAGAAAAUUAUUUUCAAAAAAAUAAAAAUGUCAAAAUGAAUAUAGACAAAUAUAAACAUUACAAUUAUCAUUAUAUUAAUAACGUUAAUUACAUUAAUAUUUACAAUGAUCUACAUAAUAAUGUAACUUCCUGUUCCACGAAUGAAAAUAAUUCCAGAAGAGAAAGCUUAACACAUACAUCUAAAAAGGGGAAUGAAGCACUUUUUAAAAUGAAAACAGAUAUUUGUGAUCAUAAAGAUGCGUAUGAUUCGAUGGAUGAUAUCCCUUACGCACAUAGCGAUUACGAAUUGUUGAAUUGUCAAGGCAAAGGGGUAAGGGAAAAAUAUAUUUAUUUGAGCCGCAAUUUGCAUUCUUCUCAUGAUUUCGAUACAGACAAUCGAGACACAACGUCUAAUGAAGAUCAUGAGGGGGAAGAGUAUUAUGAAGAGGAGGACGAAGCAGAGGAUGCAGAGGAUGCAGAGGAAGCAGAGGAAGCAGAUGAUGCAGAAGAAGCAGAGGAAGCAGAUGAUGCAGAAGAAGCACUGGAGCUAUCGCCACUGGAGUUCAGACAGGAAAAGUGGCAUCUCAGACACAACUAUCAAAUAGAAAGAAGAGAAAAGGCGGUGCCUUACAAAAUAUGGAAAAUUGUGAAUUUAGCAAAACAUCCAUUGAUUGUGUACUCCUUAAUUAAUCACUUUUUUUUGCAAAAUAAUAAUAACAUAUUUAAAAUUUUUAACUAUUGGUCAUAUUACAUUUUCCCGAGUACAUACAAAUAUAUUUUUUUCCCCUUGACAACACUUCAGCUACACCCAGUUUUUAAAAAUUCUGACAUGUUUAUUUUGUUGAUCCAUUUUAAUUUGCCUUUCAUUUUGUUUCAUUUGGAUAUAUUCGCACAAAAAGAUAGAGACAAAUAUGUUAUGUUAAAUAUGGCAAAUGGCCAAAAUCAACAUCAGACAAAGAAUCCACGUAAACACCAUUAUAACCAAAAUCAUUACCAUGUACCUGAUGAAAGAAGAAGUACCUUCAAUAUUCACACAACAUUGAAAUGUAGGAAUAUGCAGAAGGAAGAGAAGCACACUGGGAGAUUGAUGUAUUUCAUGAAUGUUGUUAAUGAAUUUACAACAGGAGUUAACAGACACCAGAUGCACACAUAUAUCAGGGAUAGUAAUUUGGAUAACCGUGUGAAAAUACAGAUGUUGCAGCAGUGGCGUGAUUACAGGAGGGAGGUGAGAUCACAAAUGAUGGCAAGGGAGCAAACCAAAAAUAAAGUCCAAAGUAAAUUCCAAAAUGAAGAGAAUAAAAAAACUUACGAGUGGGCCUACCUAUCGACGUGUUGUUUUCCAUUUCCCAUCCUGUCAUACCAAAAUGCUCACGAAUUUUACAAAAAUUUUUUAACUUUUUACAAAACCGUCUUUAAUGGAAUUUUUCAUGAAGAAAAAAGCUACAUAGAUAUUUUCAAUGGGUUUGAGAUUUGCAAGAGGGAAAUUUACUCUCCCCUGUUUCGAAAAUUUUACUUGAAGCAUGGGGAAGAGAGUCACGAAAAAAAAAGUGGACAUCCCAUUUGUCAGACUGUGCACUUAGGCAAGCGUGUCAACAGGAGGGAAAUUCACUAUAGAUGGAGAUUUAAUGAAGAUAUACAUCAAUUUGUAAACAUGAUAAUCACAUCAUACAAUUCACUUUCUUAUGAAUCUAUUAAAGUGUUAUCGUUAGAAAUGCUGUACUGUAUUAUAUACCACUUGAACGAUAGUUCACUAAACAAAGAAAUUGUCUCGUUUUUACUUUUUUGCAUGAACAAAUCAAAUGAAAAAAUAAAAGUGCAUGUCAUUAAAUCAUUUUACAGAAUUAUCUAUAAUGAGAACACAUAUCAACAUGUUUAUUUGUAUCUGGAAAAAUUCUUGCCAUCUUUUUUUUUACUUAAGGAUAGUAAAGAAGAUUUUGAAAAAUAUUUUCAUGCCAAAUAUUUACCUCUAAUUGCGAACUUGACUCUACAGUGUAUAUACAAUGUAAGUCUUCUAAAAGGGAAGAAGCAUAACCAUCAUAGGAAUAAUAGAAGUAAUGAUGGAAUUAAUGAUGGAAGCAAGAGUGACAGCAAGAGUGACAGCAAGAGUAAUAAUAAAACACAAGGGGGAAAUGAACAAAAAGAGGACAGGAAGGAAAAUAUAAAAUCUGAGGCAAAAUACAUGAAGAUGUUAAGAACUCUUCGGAACCAGUUAGUACACAUACUGAAGCAUUCAAAUGAUGAAAAGAUUGUAUUCGAAUUUUAUGAACACUUAACAGUAUUUUGUAAAAUUAUGAACAAAAAAUGGAUCAAAGUUUACAUUCUGCCAUAUUUAUUAACAAAUGUAUAUAAAACGAAAAAUAGUUUUAUCAGAGCUCUUUCCAUAAAAGUAACUAUUCAAAUCAUGUUACAUAUAAAUGAAAAAGAAAUGUACAAACUGAUUUGUCGUUAUGUAAAUCAAAUUAUGUUUGACAAAAAUGAAUUGCCCAUUCGUUUUUUGUUGCAUGAGUGUAACAUUCUUACGCAAAAAAAUGCUCGUAAAUGUGGUCAAAAUGGCACUGUAAAAAAUAAUAAUAUAGAAAAAAAAAAAAAAAGUCAUUUGUUUAUAUUCUUUCUCAAAAAAAUUAAAUUAAAUCAUCUCCACAAUCAUUCAUCUGUUACCAUUCGCAAUUUAGCGAAAACACUCCAAAACGAUUUGUUUAAAAUGUCCAACUAG